UGGGUGGGACUCUGAGGAACAGGGGUGUGCUCAGAGCUGUUGCAGACAGGUUGGACAAGUUUCUUCCCACAAUACCUGUCUCUCUCACGUUCUUAAACACACCAGUUGGCAGGAAAAGGAAGUGAAGCAAAAAAGGGCUGAAGAAAAAGAGGGAGAGUGUUCUGGUCCUUUAUAAGCUGACUACCAGAAAGAAAUUUAAAGAUGCCUGAGGAGCAACCCUAUUACGGAAAGCAUGAUCACAGGAGGCUGCUGAGGGGAGGACGUUUCAUAAUAAUGGCUGAAUGGAGCAAAUUAAUGGCAUCAAACGCAUGGAAACCAUGUUUGAUGUAUUUGAUACCAUUCCGCUCCAGCCCAUCCUCUCCAAUUAAGGUGUCACCAACCACCUGUGAUGUAGAUGGCUACCUCAAUUACCUCGUACCCCUGCACAUCAACUGUGGUGAACCAAGAAAGUAUGACCCCACCUUCAAAGGCCCCAUCUAUAACAGGGGCUGCACUGACAUUGUAUGCUGCAUCCUCUUCAUUAUUUGCAUACUGGGCUAUGUUGCAGUGGGAAUUCUGGCCUGGUCCCAGGGAGACCCCAGGAAGGUGAUCUACCCCACAGACAGCAGAGGACAGUUCUGUGGGCAGGCAGGCACACCUCUGGAGACGAAGCCCCUGCUGUUCUACUUCAACAUCAUGAAGUGUGCCAGUCCCAUGGUGCUGCUGGAGUUCCAGUGCCCAACCACACAGAUGUGUGUGGAGAAAUGCCCUGAUAAGUUCCUGACGCUCCUGAAGGCCUACACCAAUAAAGAGGAUUUUAAGUAUUAUAAGAACUUCUGCAAGGAGGGUCUAGAAGGGCUGACUGUAACACAGAUCCUGAGUUCUGGCCUGUGUCCUGCCAUGCUGACUCCAAGUAAACCCUUCACCCGCAGGUGCUUCCCUGCCCUGGACCAGAAGAAGGGAGGGGAGAUCACCGUGGGAAAUAACUCUAAGUUUGAUGACGGGGAGGGGAACAUUAGAGAUGCCAAAGAUCUGGUGGCGGGGGUCAAGAAUGCCACAGUGGUCAUUGAGGCUCGACAAGUGGUCAUGAAGAUCUUUGAGGAUUACACCCAGUCCUGGUACUGGAUCCUAAUAGGGUUGGUGAUUGCCAUGCUCAUCAGUCUCCUUUUCAUCGUCCUCCUGCGCUUCCUGGCCGGGAUCAUGGUGUGGGUCAUGAUCGUCAUGGUGAUUCUGGUCAUUGGAUACGGCAUCUUCCACUGCUCCAUGGAGUAUGUUAGCCUGAAGUCAGAGGCAGGCUCUAAUGUCACUCUAAAGGACCUGGGCUUCCAGACAGACUUCUCUGUGUACCUGCAUAUCAGACAGACCUGGCUGGCCUUCAUUAUUAUUCUGGCCAUUGUGGAGGUUGUCAUCAUUUUGCUGCUCAUCUUCCUCAGGAAUAGAAUCCUCAUCGCUAUCGCCCUCAUCAAAGAAGCCAGCAGGGCCAUUGGGUAUGUGAUGUCAGCCCUGUUUUACCCCUUGUUCACCUUUGCCCUCCUAUCCAUUGUCAUCGCCUACUGGGCUGUCACCGCUGUGUUCCUGUCCACCUCCAAUCAGCCCAUCUAUAAGGUGUUCAAUGAGACAGCCUGCGAUCACUCCAGGAAAAUCUGCGAGCCAGCUAACUUCAGCACCUCCAGUAUGAAGGCAGAGUGCCCAGACUCCAAGUGUCUGUUUGCCUUCUAUGGUGGAGAGACUGUCUACCACAAGUACCUGAUUGGCCUGCAGUUCUACAACGUCUUCCUGUUCUUCUGGUGUGCCAACUUUGUGACAGCGCUGGGUCAGAUGACCCUGGCUGGGGCCUUUGCCUCCUACUACUGGGCCUUCGUCAAGCCUGACGACAUGCCUGCCUUCCCCAUCUUCUCAUCCCUUGGCAGAUCACUCAGGUAUCACACAGGUUCCCUGGCGUUUGGCUCUCUCAUCCUCUCCAUCAUCCAGAUCAUCAGGGUUCUGCUGGAGUACAUCGACCACAAGCUCCAAGGAACCCAAAACAAGUGCACAAAGUUCCUUCUGUGCUGUCUCAAGUGCUGCUUCUGGUGCCUGGAGAAAUUCAUCAAAUUCAUCAAUAGAAAUGCCUAUAUUAUGGUGGCGAUAUAUGGCAAGAACUUCUGCACGUCUGCCAAAGAUGCCUUCUUCCUUCUCAUGAGGAACAUGAUCAGGGUAGCCGUCCUGGACAAGGUGACAGACUUUCUGUUGUUCCUGGGCAAACUCCUCAUCGUGGGGCUUGUGGGAAUCUUUGCGUUCUUCUUCUUCUCUGGGAGGGUGAAGGCCUUUGAGAACACAGCGCCCAACCUCCACUACUACUGGGUUCCCAUCCUGACAGUGGUGGUUGGUUCCUACCUUAUUGCCCACGGCUUCUUCAGUGUGUACGCCAUGUGUGUGGACACACUCUUCCUCUGCUUCUGCGAAGACCUGGAGAGAAAUGAUGGCUCUCUGGCAAGACCGUAUUACAUGUCAGCUUCGCUCCAUGACAUUCUGUCGGAGAACAAGGCUGUGGAGGAGACCGAGGAGCCAACCCAGUCCUCGCCACAUCAGCCAGAUGACCAAGAUGUCCAGAUGAAACAAUAGCAGCCUCUGAUGCAGCAGAAAGACCAGGACGUUUAGGAGUAGUCAUAGCAAAGACACUGGACGAGAUCUCCACCUGCAGAUCUGUCUUGUAGAAAUGGGCAUGCUACUCAUGAUUGGUAGAUUGAUAUGAAAGCCUGAAUUUGAACAAGUCAACUGCUUCACCAGUAUGUAUGUGCUCUUAAUGGUUGGAGUUCAAACCAUAAACAAUGCUAGGGAUUCCACAGAUGUUUUAGUGAACAUGUUGCAGUUCUGACAUUGUUGCUAGAAGGGAAACCCUGUCGGCCAUAGGAAACAAUGUGCCUAAUUGACUAUCCGUUUCGGUCUGAUGUAUUGAACCUCUUACCUAUCACAUUGUUUACAGUUAAAGCAUUCAAAAGAUCUCUGCAAUGCUUCCAUCAUUAGUAUUACUGUUAUCAGUGCAUUAUUAAAAUGUUGAUAUUUUCAAUGAUCUAUAAAAGCCAUAUGUAGUUUUGUAUAUACUGAAAUGCAUUUCUUAGUUCCGCUUGUGAGGGAAGCGUUCCAUUUUGUUCUGUAAAGCAAUCGCAAUCAGAUCCCUUAUUGCCUUGAAAUGCUUGCCUGUCAGCAAGGUCUGUUUGAUGCAAUGCCCUGGAGACUUCUAGGAUCUAUGAGCAUUAACUGAAUGCAGUAUCUCCUUUCUCUCGCUCGUGCUAUUGUGCAUGUUGGUAGUAUGUCUGCUAGUGAUUAAAGCUGCCAGUCUUUCUGUUA